AUGGAGAUACUCAACCAAAACCACAGGGAUGGAGUAAAGAUGGUGAAUCCCCGCUGGCGGCGGCCAGCGCCGCACCACUGGGAAGGGGGAACACAGGGGGUUUGGGGUGAGAAUCACCGGUGCAGCUGCUCUGAUUCCCCAUAUGAGCAUCAUGGCAAGCUGACAACAGCCGCACCACUGCUCCCUCCAUGCACGGGAUGGAGUUUGGGAUGCAGAAGCCUCCAGCCGCUGCCCUGUCCCGCAGGCACCGUGGCAGCCCACGAUGUCUCCUGCUGGAAGAAAUGCAAUACCCCCAAGCUUUUCCACUGCUCCUGGCAGCCCCUCGGCCCCACCGGCAACACCUCCUACGUCCUGAACUUCUGCUUUGAGAAUCACAGCCUAUGCCGCCGAUUUAAGGUGGGCACAGUGACAAACUACAGCCCCCUGCAUAGCCAAGUGUACAUCUUCGAGAACACCACGGCCUGGGUGGAGGCACGCUGGGGGGACCAGGUCCAUAGGACCCCCAACCACACCUUUUACCUCAACAAGGCUGUCAAACUGGAUCCACCUCCUACUGGGAUGCCCUUCUCUAAGAGUGGUGGCCGGCUGAGAGUGCAGGUGCCACAGCCACAGUGCCGUGGCCUGGAGCAGCCACCACAGCUUGAAGCUCGUUUCUGGAGGGUGGGAGACAGCAGGUGGACACAGGUAAGAACUGGACACAGGGUGACAUGUGAGACUGUGAUGGUGACAGGUGAAGGUGUCUCAGCCCCCUCUCCAGUGACCUGUGCCCUGGGGGUCAAUGGCACCUUCGUGGUCCAGCUCCGGCAAAAGCCUCCCCACUGGAGCAGCUACUGGAGUGACUGGAGCAGCAACAUCUCUGUUCCCGAGGAAAUCCUGGGGAGACCAGUGCUGAGCCAUCAACUGGGCAAACUGGGGAGAGAUGGGCAGCGGGUGCUGAGGCUGAGCUGGCAGCCAGUCCUCAAAGAGCAAAGAGAUGUCACCUACAAGCUGGACGUCCACAUGUUGGCGUGCGGCUGUGCAGAGUCAGAUGAGAAGGACACUGUGGUGCUGCGCUGGGAGGAGACAGAGCGCAACCUCACCCUCUCCGGGGCGGAAUACGAAAUCCUGCUGAGCGCGGUCAAUGCCGCGGGGCCGGGGCCGGCGCAGCAGCUCCGUGUGCCGGCAGAGCAGCGCGCGGAUCUCAGCUUCAAGGAGAUCAGCGUGGCCGGCGGCACCGUGACUGCGCGCUGGGAAGCGCCGGUCCCUGGCGAUGCCUUCUGCUUCGAGCAGCAGAUACUGCCAGGGCCUCCGAAACAGGGAGUCUGCAUCCAGCAGGAAUUCCCUGCCAACAGCAGCCACGUGGAAAGAGGAGCGCUGGGAGCUCCGGGCUGUCACCGCCUGGCCGUGCACGGCUGGGACGCGGAGCGCGGCUGGGCCACCUUCGCCCUGUGGCACCUCUACAGCAGCAACGAUUCGCUGGUCGUGCCCAUCAACAUCAGCACCGGAGACGCCGCCGUUGUCCUCCAGUGGAAACCGUCCCCACGUGCCGCCUGUCCCGGCGCGCUGGCCAAGUACCUCAUCUGCCACGUGGCCGAGGGGGACAAUGUGACCUACAGUGAAGUGGAUGCCACGGCAUCAAACUACACCCUCCAAAACCUCCAGCCUGGCACAGCCUACAGGGUGGGUGUUUGGGAGGUGACAGAGGACAGAGAGGGGACCUGCAGGGUUUGGUGGCACUUCCAGACCAAGGCGCUGGUACGGGGUGUUCACUCCACUAUGUGCUCACCCUCACCCCAAAAGGUCUCCCGUGUUCCCGUUGGGGGCAGGGAUGUCACCAGCCAGCCAUGCCUAUCCCCAGGUCCCCAGGGAGCAGUGUGGAGAGGCAAUCUGAAGUACCUGGGCAUUUCGCUUGGUCUCCCCGCCGCAGCUGCCAUCUACCACCUGACCAAAAAGAGGGCUCGCCGCCUCCUCUUCCCACCCCUUCCCAAGCCCGUGGGCGCCAAAGCCAUCCAGUUCUCGGCCAGCGAGAUGAGCCAGGUGAGGUGUAAGCCCCGGACAGGCUUCCUGGAGCCCUUGGAGAGGUUCAACCCAGCCGAGCUGCUGCUGACGGAGCCGAAUCCCAGCCAAGAGACGACUGACACGGGCGCCCAGACUGCGGUGCCGCAGCCCGACGUGCCGCAGCCCGGCCCCGCGCUGGAAAAGCCGGCGGCAGUGGUGGUGACCCCGGCGGGCUGUGGGGACGAGCUGCCCUUCGCCUACCGCAGGCAGGACAUGCUGAGCCCCCUGGGGUCUCCAUCCUCCGGCAGCACCCGCUGCACCGGGCACCCACCCGGAGAGGAGGGGGAGGAAGAGGAGGAGGAGGAGGAGGAAGAGGAGGCAAGGCAGGGUCUGCACCAGCUGCUGAUCCCCAUUGCCCUGCUCAUCUCCGACAAACCCAUCAUCAUCAGGGAUGAGGAAGGGUGGGAUCCCUCGCCGCAGAAGUCCGUGCCGUAGCCAUCAUCAGGAUGGAGCAGCGGGGCUGGACGGCAGGAAGGGCACGGGGGUGUCCCAUGGAAUGCGGACUGUCUGUGUGGGAUGCUGAGUGCCCAGUCCGUGGGUGGCACCGGCACUUUCAGGGGUUUUUCUGGUUUCCAGGACACGGAAGGCCAUGCCUCUGGAUGCAGCAUUGCACUGGGACAAGUUUUGGCCACGCAAUUUGCAGUCUCAACCUUUCACUGGAGAUAAAAGCUGAGAGAAAGUGGCUGCAGUCUGGCCAGGACCGAGGGUAUUUCCAUGUCUGGGCUGGGAAGAGAGGCAGGGCUUCAUCCCAGCCAGCUGCUACCUCUGGAACCAGUAUCCUGGUGAAGAUGCAAAAAGGCCCGCACCAAACACCAACUGCCUGGAAAAACAAACAAACAAA